GCUAUAGAGGUGGAUGCUCGCCCAGUGAGUUUGAUCUCCUAAUUUUGUGGCCCUCUCGGGUUUUUGUACUAAAGGCAUGGCCGGCGGAAGAUACGAUCAUUAUGACUAUCUCUACAAGAUUGUCUUGAUUGGCGAUUCUGGCGUUGGAAAAUCUUCCCUUCUAUCUCGUUUCACGCGAAACGAAUUCGACCUUGAGUCGAAAUCAACCAUCGGUGUUGAAUUUGCCACACGAAGUAUUCAAGUAGAUGGCAAAGUGAUCAAAGCACAGGUUUGGGAUACAGCUGGCCAGGAACGUUACCGUGCGAUUACAAGUGCCUAUUACCGCGGAGCUGUUGGUGCUGUAUUGGUCUAUGAUUUAUCAAAACAGAAAACUUUUGAGAAUGUGGCACGAUGGCUUUUGGAAGUACGUGAACAUGCAGAGUCCUCCAUUGUCACCAUGCUUGUUGGAAACAAAUGUGAUUUGAAACACCUGCGAGCAGUUCUUGCAGAAGAGGCCAAGAAAUAUGCAAAUGACGCAGGACUGUCAUUCAUUGAGGCAUCAGCUUUGGAUGCUACAAAUGUCGAAGAAGCCUUUACACAAACAAUUACAAAAGUUCAUGAAGUGCAAUUGGCAAAAAUAAGAAAAGAACUUGACAUGCCAGGACAGAACUCUGGAACUUCAGAAGGAAAAGGAAAGGUGGUCGAAGUAAAUGAAGCCUCACAAGCAGGAGAAAGAAACUGUUGUGUUCUUUUCUGAGGAUGUGGACACUUGUCACAAAAUUCUGGGGAAUUACUGAAAUGUCUGGUUUUUUUUUUGUAUCAAAGUUGGCAAUUGAUUUCAACAUAAAGCAACAAUUUAGAUGAUCAUAA